AUGACAUCGUAUACACCAGGAACACGUCAAGGUCAUAGUGAGAACAGUCAUCAACAUAAUGUCUAUACUCGACGUGGGUCCGGAGAUGUUGAGUUUGACGUGCCGAUUCCAUCUUUCAGACGGGCGGAGCAUACUUUAAUGGAUAACUUUCGAGAACGCCUGAAUUUACGUACGUAUCGUGAGUCACUCAAUAUAUCUGCUUGUGAUAAUGAAAUGCUUGAUGAAGAUCUUGGACAUCCUCCAGCUACGCAUGACACACCACCUGGAACUUAUAUGGGUUCAUUACAAUCAGAUUCAUUAUUUAGUACAGCGUUUCGAUCAAGGUCUCGUUCAGAUGCAACAGGCAGUCCAUUGUUUUGUCGUCAAAGCUUGGGGACAAUAGUGCUAUUUCCAAAUAGAUUAGAAAAACAAUCAAAGAGACAUAACCUUCGCGUUCGCAAUGAAAGGCAUAGCGUAUGCGUAACAGAUCUACCAGAAUUGAAAAGCUCAAGUUCGUCAAUACCAUCGAAUCAUCUAUUUGUUGAUGCAAAACCUACAAAUGUUGCAGUCAUAGAUAUUGAUAAUCAGUGGCAUGGACCAUCAAGUGCAGUCGAAAUGAGAUCAAGUAUGUGGAACCUGCCGUGUCACUCCAAUCCUCUCCAUCUCGAGGUCGAUAGAUAUGAUACACUUGAAAAGCACCAGUCUCCCUUGACACAUACUAGCAAAGAACAUGCAGCUUUUAAUACCAAUACAUUACAAAUUACACGACGUUUUGAGCCUGAACCACUGUCACCGUUCAGUAACUAUGCAAUUCUUAUCAAAGAGAUAUAUCUUGCAAUAUUUCCAGUUUUACUUAAAAGCUUAGGAGGUUAG